UACUUAUUUAUCUUCACCAUCUUCAUUAUUUUGUCCUGUGAUCGUCAAAUCGAUUCGAUUUUCAAUCAACUUGUCGUAUAUUUACACUGCUUAUGUACAUUGGAUGAUGACUAACAAAACCGAUAAAGAAAAUGCUUAUUUCAAACCACCGACUCAAGAGGCAAUAUCGAGACCGCUUGUCAUUGAUGGAUGCAACAUUGGAAGAAGUGCCUCUGGAUAUGCUAGAACUCACGUGGAUUGUGCUGGCCUCGUCUCCGUUGUCCGAUGGCUUCUUAUUCGUAGAUUUGACGUGACUGUUUUCCUGCCUGUUGUUUACAACAAUGUUAAUAAUUAUAACUCGAAAAAUGCGGAACUACUUGCAAAAUUGGAGCAACUUGGUAUUGUGACAUUCACGCCGGCUAGAAGUGGUCGGGGACUACGAAAGGCGUUUAUCAAUUAUGAUGAUUUGUAUGUGGUUUCGUAUGCAGCCAGACAUGGAGGUACAAUUGUCAGUGGAGACAAGUUCAAAGAUAUUCUCAAUCAACCGUGUUACAGUGACUUCCACCACGUCAUCAGAAACCGAACAGUCGAUGUAAAAUUCCGACCGCUAACACUCGAUUUCGUCGAAUAUCAAUCAGAUCGGUUUUAUCGACAUGCUCCCGAACUAUUCACAUAUGAAAACACUAGUCAACGAACCGAAUCUUUGCGUCAACGACUAUUUGCGUUGCCUCAUGAACCGGACUAUAAUCUUGUGAAAAAUUCGAAACGACAAGUGACUGAUGAGAGGAGAGCUUACUUGUGUGCUGAACUUGAAGCUAUUCUCAUUUCAAUGAGUUAUGCAGCCGGGAAAAUGUUUCGAGAUGUUGCAGAAUUGCCAUGUAUUGAUAAUUGUUUUCAUGGAUUAAGAGUGGAAGAUGUUGCUCCGAAGAAAUUUGCGGAUGCAUUCUACAGAAAAUAUCCGAAACGAGAAGGAAGAUGUGAUUUACUUCAAGAAUGGGUUAUGGAGCCUGUUGUAGAAGUUUCUGAGAAACAAACAAAUAGCAAUGAACUAAGUGAUGAUGUUCUUGUUCCAACUCCAUUGCCUCUCCCGGAAAAGUCUAGUCAAUCUGUCGUGAAUGUUAAUAAAGGAAAAAUCGAACUUCCAAGAGAUCAUUCCCUUGGGUCGUUGCUUCAAUGGUUCACACUGGCUGAAGAAGCAAAUAAAAUCAAGAAAUAAUAAUCGAAAUAUUGAUUUUUGAUUGAGAUCUGUUUCAUUUUUACAAACAAUUCGAUAAACGUUUCGAUUU